ACUUUGUCUUUGAAUUUUAAUGGAUACCUCGAAGAGCCCAGAAAGAUAGCCUUAUCCAGCGAACGGGUACAAUCCUCUUUUCGAAUUGGAUCGCUGCCGACCGUGUAACCGCCGCAGCCGGAAUGCCAAAUGACCACGCCCAAAACACCGAAUGGUCGCCGCGAUGGAGGAAUCAAGAAAAUUAUAGACGAGCUUAAUGGGAAAUAUAACUUCCAAUUGCCAGACCGCAAUGGCGCUCCAUGGUCACCCUCAGAAAUACCGAAUAGAGAUCGGAUUGAGGAGAGGAUACUGAGCCAUAUAAAAUUCCUCUAUUUUAAAAAUGGCGAUAUAAAUGGUGCCAUCCAGAAUCUUGACGAAUAUGCCAAAGGAUUGAUCUCCAACUGGGUUUAUAAGCCGGAUCAGGACCCAGAUGUUAUUCCGGGCCAGCAGUCCAAAGGCAAGGAGAGAUUGUCAGUCGGAGGCUUUCUCAGAACGCCACAGACAUCUUCCAAUCUCGUUCAAGAGCUACGACGCUAUUUCCUUGAGCAACUUGUUAGCGAAACUGCUCUUUUAAGGACCAAAUUUGAGAUUAGCAAGGACGGGCUCGAUGAAAACGCCGGUCCAACGCCAUGGCGAUUGAAACCUGACGUGCCCCCAGCCACCGAAGCUGGCCCAUCGAGGCCUGUGAAUUACAAUAUUUGUGAAGAGCCCAGCCAUGUGACUAACCCACAUACAAGAGACUAUAGAUCUCUUUACGAGGAUAACGCUGCUCAACCUUCAAUGGUAUGCGGAUCAAAGAACGUACUUAUUGAUCACCCAGAUCCACGGCAUCCGCCAAGGACUUUAUCAGAGAAAACGGAGUGGGGACGGAGCAAAUGGUCGAGCGCAGACGCUACAAUAUACAGCAGCUUCGGAGAAGACGAAAUCUCCCCAGAAAACUCCUCUGAUACAGAAAGCUAUUUGACAACACCUUCAAGACCCUUAUCGCCCACGGAGGAAGUAGCAUUGCGGCGCAGUCAGCGGUCACAACGAGCCCAAAAUGGAGAGUCGCCUAUGCUCUUCACCAGGAGUGUGGACCACGUACCCAUGCCAUCACUGACCGAUGAAAUAAAUUUGCACAAGCGCCCACUGUGUGACAAUGGUAACGAGCCUUACUCAAGAAAGUCGCCUAGAAAUGCAACUGUGGAGAAAUUUCCGAGGAGCAUUCAAGUAAAUGAAUACAGGCCAGAAAUGAUAGACCUAGGAUCUGCACUCGUAAGACGCCCUUCUCCACGGAAAAGAUCCGUAACAGGAAGACAAAUUUCAAAGAUCAACUUCAAUUCGACAACAACAGCUUCAAGAACAAGUGCAUUCUCGGUAACGAAUUCCAUGUCAACAGUACCCACGGAGAUUGAUAUUUCUUUCAAUAGCAGUGACCAGAGACAUCAGCUGGCAGAGGAAGAGGAAAACUUCGAAAAAGCCGUUUGGAAUAGCAAAGCAAGGGACUGCGAGGCAAACGCAUGGCUACACGCUGACAGUGUAUCGCAAUACGCGUCAUCCGUUUUGACCGAAGAUCUUUUAGUGUCGGAAAUGCAAAUGAACGACGCAUCGAGUCGAAGCUCUAAUCUUUCUCGACCCCUUCGAGACGUUCAUUUGAAUGAAGUCCCGACGGCAGAUCGCAGCAAUGAUGCAAUCAGACUGAGUAACGAGGAUAUCUUCGGUGCCGAACCCCCGGAAUAUCUGAGCAGUGCCCCUUUUCGGGUUCGAUAUGAAGUUCACCGCUUCAUGCUACACGGCGACCUCAGACUUCCAGACGAUGCUACGAUACCGUUUAAUGACUAUGAAAGCCUUUGGAAUUGGCUUGUCUUGAACGCUCAAGCGCAAGGCAAAUCGUGGCCUGAGCGAUCUCCCAGAGAUGCUUGGGAUGAAGCUGGUCGGAUGUUUGACCAGGUAGCCUUGACCGGUGAUUUGACGUUCAAUCGUUCCACGAAUGGCCCUCUUUUUCACUUUCGGUUGAAACCCAUGAAAAUAGAGCUUUCCUCUCGCCUCCUCAGGAGGUUUGGAAACGAUCGGUUUCUGAUUCUUGGCCUACCUUCAUUCUCUAGGUCUGACAUCCCACAACAUUUGAGUAAAGAGAAAGAUGCACUACGUGAAAAGGUGGUAGAUUGGCUGGUCAAUCAACAGCAUCAGAUCAUGGGACGAACUUACCAAGCAUUCUUUGUCAGAGAUAAGGGAACUCGCAAGAAGAAGCUUCAAGAAGGGCCAUCUGAUGAGGCCAAGUUUCUAGUCUAUCUUUUUGCCAUGGACGGCUAUGGCUUUGACUUGACUCACCAGAUGAUAUCAGCCAAGGGCGAAAAACCCGACAGCCACACGAAAAUGUCAGUCGAAGGUCUCUGGAAUUGGUUUUUGCCAGCAACAGUAAAUAAGAGCAUGGGAAUACACAAGGCUUUUGCUCGAAUGAAUCUGGGGCUCUCAAAGACCUAUCCAACGAUAGUCUUUUCGCCAAGCCAAGUUCGUAAAUAUGUGCCAGAUCAACUAUCGACUCUUCCUUCAACGGAAACAGGGACAGGUCGGGUGUACCACAAAGUGAUGAAUGAUGGCUGUGGAAAGCUUUCAAAAGCAGCAGCAUGGAUCAUUUCCGAGCGCUUAGGUCUCCAAGGGGUAUUUCCCAGCGCGUUUCAGGGCCGUAUCGCGGGUGCAAAAGGCUUGUGGUUCUGCGACGUUGAAGAGAAAGCUUCUGUCCUGAGCGAAAGGAACGGAGGAGACAUCUGGAUUGAGCUCACCGUAUCUCAAACUAAAUUCGCCGAAGAUGAAUCGUGUAUUGAAGAAGAUAAGCUCACAUUUGAAGUCCAUGAUUGGUCGAAACCAUUGGCUUCCGCUUCGCUCAAUAUCCAGCUGAUACCUAUCCUCGAAGAACGAGGAGUACCUAGAGAGGUACUUGCUGGGUAUCUAGAACGGGGUCUACGAAGGCAGCUUGACGAGCAAGUCACCUCAAUGAAUGAUCCACUGAGCUUUCGAAAGUGGAUACAUGAGGCAUACCGGGUUCUUGACACCCGCAUCGACGGAAAGGCAGACGGUGUAUCCUGGUGUGGUGCAAUACCUGCAUUCCCUGCCGAGAAGAUGGUGUGGUGUGUGGAGAACGGGUUCGAUCCUAAGCAGUGCAGCUUUUUCAGCGACAUCGUGCAGAAGCAGGUCAAAGAGGACUGCGAUCGGCUGCAACAAAAGCUAAAUAUCGAGGUCGGUCAGUCUUGCUAUGCUUUCUGUGUAUGCGAUCCUUUGGGAGUGCUCAAGGAGGGCGAGGUUCAUAUCGGAUUCUCCACAAGCUUCAAAGAUCCAGUCUCGAUGUUUCAAGAUACCUUACUGCACAACGUGGAUGUUCUGGUUGCGCGACUACCUGCGCAUUUGCCUUCAGAUAUCCAAAAAGUGAGAGCGGUCUUUAAGCCGGAGCUCCGCGGUUUGAAGGAUGUCAUUGUCUUUUCUGCGAUGGGCCAGACACCUUUGGCGGAAAUGCUCUCAGGUGGUGAUUACGACGGUGAUCGGCCUUGGAUUUGCUGGGAUCCAGCCAUUGUUGGCCGUUUUCAGAACGCACCAUUGCCGGCAGACCAGCCAACGCUCAAAGAGCUAGGAAUUGCUAAAGAAAGCACCUCUAUUUCGGACCUCUCACUCACCCAUCGAGACUUUUUCCAACAGUUCCUGAUUAAGAAUUUCUUGUUCAGUAUUGAGCCAAGCUUGCUCGGCAUGUGCACCGUCUUUCAUGAGCAUAUGUGUUAUGAAAGGGGGUCAAUGAAUACUUCUGACUCCAUCACCGUGGCGACUUUACUUGGCUUCUUGAUUGAUCGACCAAAGCAAGGUAUCGUCUUCACUGAAGAUGAUUGGCGUUCUAUCAGAGCCCGACUAGAGAUUGGCAAGGAACCUCGAAGACCUGCGUAUAAAGAUCCCAACAACAAUCGACCGACAAACCAUAUUUUGGAUUACCUCGUACUUGGAAUCGCACGCAAGAUGAUCAAAGGAGUGUUGGGUGACUUUUCUCGUCAAUUUGGAGAAGUGACUACAUUUGACUCAGACCUAGUGUCGCUGUACAAAAGCGUCCAGUCGAGGUCUGAACAGAGGGACGACGCAGAAUUGCGAAAGAUUCUGGUACGACUAGUUCAGGAUAUUGAGAAAGUUCGUCAAGCAUGGAACACGCUUAUCCUUUCAUCAAAUAAUGGAGGCGGCUCAAGCUUUUCCUCGACCAGUCCGUCGAAAUCACCCUUGAAAUCAACGUCUUCACGUUCUUUUGAAGGCAGCGACAACUUCACUGCCUGCGUUGAGAAAUGUCGUUCGCAAUUUCUUGGUAUUCUUCCGCCAUCAGACUCUACCCAUCCCUUGGCCCUUCACUGGCGCCAAGAUGCUGGACCCGGCGGAUCUAAUCUAUCAGACUGGAGACUUCUACGUGCAUCGGCCGCUUUUGCAAAACACCAUCGAAGUAAAUUUGUCUGGUACGUUGCUGGACGCGAACUCGGAAUGAUCAAAGCAAUGGUUGUAAGUCGAGGAGCAGUGACAUCAGCCCGAUUGGAGAGGCAAGAAAUGUGUGUAGACUCUGGGCCUGCUGUCGUUUUGCCUUCUUUGCAUGCUUCGUAUAAGCCUGAUAAGAGAUAUAUCGGCCGAGCAACUGAAUGGAGAAAAGAUUGGACAUAGCAUGAGAAGGAAAAAGGGUGGUGCCAAUAUUUACGAUACAGUGAUGAUAUAAUGACACGAAUGAUGGAGGAUUGGACGAUAUGAUUUUCACUAGAUUCCCUAUAUGCAUAGAUGUUUAUUGUUGCGAGAGGCUCGGAGUAUCGUGUGUUGUGUAAGUGUGUUGAAAGGCAUUCAUAUUAGUAUAAGUUACCCAAAUUGUUCUUCUUCUCGGCCAGUAUAUCGAUAGGACAAGUGCACCA